AUGGCCACCACAGACGCCAAUAGUCCCCUCCCCUCCACUAUGAAGGCGGUCGUACUCACCGGCCUUGACCAACAACCCCUUGAACUGCGCACCGUCCCCGUCCCACAGGCGACCCCCGGCAGCGUCAUCGUCAAGAUAAUCUGCACCCCGGCCGACACUGGCGUCCAGGAUGCCGCCCUCGGCAAGUCCCCCUUCACCUUCCCGACGCCCAUGAUCCCCUCGUGCCGCGCCGUCGGCCGCGUCGCCCAGAUCGGCCCCGACACCACCAGCCUGGCGGUGGGGCAGCUCGUCCUGCUCGAGCCCAACGUAUGCGCCCGCGACGACCCAAACGUCAAGAUCCUCUGGGGCAUGUACGACGGCCCCUCGCCGCAGAGCAAAAAGUUGGCCCGCGACAACUGGGCCGACGCCUGCCUGGCAGAGUACACGCGCGCCCCGCUCGAGAACGUCUACCCGCUCGACGAGGCCAGGCUCUGCGGCCGCCUGGGCUACUCGCCCCAUGAGCUCGUCCACCUCGCCACCCUCUCCGUCCUCUACGGCGGCCUGGUGUCGGUCGGCCUGCGCGCCGGCGAGACCGCCCUCGUCGCCCCGGCCACGGGCUACUUUAGCGGCGCCGCCAUCCCCGUCGCCCUGGCCAUGGGUGCGGGCACCGUCGUCGCCGUGGGCCGCAACGCCGCGGCGCUCCAGAGGCUGCAGGCGACGUUUGGGGCGGACCGGGUGCGCAUCGUGGUGACGACGGGCGAUGUCGAGGCGGACACGGCCGCCAUGCAGAGGGAGGCUGGGGGUCCGGUGGACGUCUACAUUGACGUGUCGCCGCCGGCCGCUUCUGGAUCCGGACACAUGCGGAGCGCUUUCAAGACGCUCGGCGCAGGCGGCCGGGCAGUUCUGAUGGGCUUCGUGCCGGACGACCUGCCCCUGUCGUACUCCGAGGCCAUGUUUAAGAACCUGACCGUCAAGGGUAAGUACAUGUAUGAGCGGGAGGACGUGAGAGGGCUGAUCAAGAUGGCCGAGUCGGGUGUGCUCAAAUUGGGGAAGGCAGCUGGGGUGGAGAUCAUUGGGAAGUACAAGCUUGAGGAAUAUGAAGCCAUGCUCCAUGCGGCAUCUGACAAUGUGGAUGGGUCGAAGGUGAUCAUGACGGUUCCGUGA